AUCUGUCAUUAUUCGUGAAUAAGCUGUUUUCGUCGCUUUCGUACAUGGCGUACUGAAAACGCUUUGAUCAUUGCAGACACAUUUCCAUUUUAAUCGGAUUGAUUUUGACUCGAAAAUAUCGUGAUUAGUAGCGUGAAAAGUGCCUGAUAAUGGCAUCGGAACGUUACAGCUUUUCGUUAACCACUUUUAGCCCUUCCGGUAAGUUGGUGCAAAUUGAAUAUGCAUUGGCCGCAGUGUCUGCCGGGGCACCAUCGGUCGGCAUAAAAGCAUCUAAUGGCGUGGUGAUUGCCACCGAGAACAAACAGAAGUCGAUUCUCUAUGAUGAACACAGCGUUCACAAAGUAGAGAUGGUCACGAACCACAUCGGGAUGAUUUACUCCGGAAUGGGGCCCGAUUAUCGGCUGUUGGUCAAGCAAGCGCGGAAGAUUGCGCAGAAUUAUUAUUUGACCUACCGUGAGCCGAUUCCGACUUCGCAGCUAGUGCAGAAAAUUGCCAAUGUAAUGCAGGAAUAUACACAAUCCGGUGGUGUCCGUCCGUUUGGAGUAUCGCUAUUAAUCUGCGGAUGGGAUGAGGGUCGCCCCUAUUUGUUCCAAUGUGACCCAUCGGGAGCGUACUUUGCUUGGAAGGCAACUGCCAUGGGCAAAAAUGCCAUCAACGGUAAGACAUUAGAGAAGCGUUACAGCGAGGAUUUGGAAUUGGACGAUGCCGUCCAUACAGCAAUUCUUACGCUGAAGGAAGGAUUUGAAGGGCAGAUGAAUGCUGACAACAUCGAGGUUGGCAUUUGCGAUGCUAGUGGGUUCCGCCGAUUGGACCCAUCCGACGUCAAGGACUAUUUGGCUAAUAUUCCGUAAACUUUUAAUAUGAUAGCGAAAUAAGUGCUGAACUGAUUAUUCUGAUGCUUUUUUGGUAUAUCAAUAAAUCCUUAGUGGUUGAUUUA